AUCCAAUCGGAUUUGACAAGUCAUGAAAUCAGUUUAGAGGAAAUGAAGAAACAUAACCAGGGAAAGGAUGCUGCCCAAAGAGUUCUUUCACAAAUUGAUCUUGCACAGAAAAAAUUACAAGAUGUCUCCAUGAAAUUUCGAUUAUUCCAAAAACCAGCCAAUUUUGAGCAGCGUCUGGAGGAAAGUAAGAUGAUCUUAGAUGAAGUAAAGAUGCACUUGCCUGCACUGGAAACAAAGAGUGUCGAACAGGAAGUAGUCCAGUCACAACUAAGUCAUUGUGUGAAUUUGUAUAAAAGCCUGAGUGAAGUGAAGUCUGAAGUGGAAAUGGUGAUUAAAACUGGACGUCAAAUUGUACAGAAAAAGCAGACAGAAAAUCCCAAAGAGCUUGAUGAAAGAGUAACAGCUUUGAAAUUGCAUUAUAAUGAACUGGGUGCAAAGGUGAGUGCCUACUUAGACCAAAAUCUCAUCCUAGUCUUAUGAUAUUUACUGACUACUGCACAAGAGCAUGCUAAGAAAAAAAAUACAAUUCCAUAAAUCCUUAUUUUGA